AUGGACGAUCUAAGGGGCCAACUAGAUUUCCAGGGCCGGGAGACGGAGAAGUAUCUACACCUCCUCCGGGAGAAAGAGGAGGAGUUGAACCGGGCGGUCGCUGUUUUCAACCUCCGACCUGAGCUCGAUGCGGCAAAGGCCGAAAACUGUCAGUUGAAGAGUGAGCUGGCUGCAAUGACCGAUUACAAUCGGAGUCUCGAAGCUAACAAGAUCGGUCUUAGCCGGGAGAAUGCACAAUUUUCCUCGAGGCUAGAUGAGCUCGAGAUCACCGUUUCUCAACUCCGGGGGGAGUUGGACUUGGUGAAGGCCGAUGCUACAAGCUUGGCCGAGAGGAACCGUCUGCUCGAAUCCGAGACUGCCCUGUACAAAGAGCGCAUGAGGACGUUCGAGGAGAAAGCUGAGAAAAGGGCCCAGAUGUAUGAGAACCUAAAAGCCAAGCUUGUGGAGGCGGUUAACUCCAAUGAUGCUCUCAAGGCCGAGCUCGAAGCGGCCAUUCGAAGGCAAGGUACCCUUGACAAGAACUGCGGUGUUCUUGCUGCAAAGCUGGCCAAGGCCGAGGCCGAUUUGGAUGAGGCUUUGAAGAAUGUGGAGGCCGCCGAGGCUCAUACUGCCAUUGUUACCGAAUAUGAGAAGUGGAAGUCUCGGAGGAUUACUCUCUAG